GCUACCGCCGGCUAUCGCAUUUGACGACCUACCUGCAAAAAAUGCUGAAUUUCGAAGAGAUGACACCCGUGGCAUCACUUGAUAUUACUGCUGCUCCUCCGAUCAAAAAACGAUGUGUUGCAAGGAGGCGAGAUACCCUUAAAAAAUGCGAAGUGAUCAAGCAGCUGUUUUCAAAGGACUUUGAAGCAGAAGAGUCUCCCCAAAAUUCUGAUGGUGUGGAGACUGAAUGUGAUGCAGAGGAGGAGUCCACACUCGAUGACAAGGCAAGUUGUAGCUGUUACGCGACCGAAGGCCCUCGUUAUGAUGGGGACCCUCACGAACAAGUGAAUCAAGCCCUUGACCUGGGAGUGGAAGAGCAGCACAUCGUGGCUCCAAAGAAAAGAGGAGGAGUUAUGAACAAGUUAAUGAAAGUUGUCUUUUAUGCAAUAAUUCAACAUGUAAAAUUUGAAAGUUUAAAGCAAAAAUGUCCGGGGUGCUUAUAUGAUGAAGGAAAUCAAGAAGCUCACUGUUGUUUAAUGUGGGACAGUAAAUAUAUUAAUUCUGUUUUAAAAUCUCUGUGUUCUAAGCUGGACAUGAAAAAAUAUCUGCAAUAUGUGAUUACUCUUGCAGUUGCUUUAGAUUCUCUGUCUUUGAAUACGAAGCACCUUAUCAUGGGUUCUCAAAUACAAAAUCGUGUUUUAAGUUCCAACUUUCCUUCAGACACAAUAGCACUGCUAAUUAAAGAAAAUGAUAAAAUUUAUUUACACUUUGCUGAAAAGCUAGUGUAUCGUGUAAAAUACAACUAUUUCCUCAAUUCUUGCGACCGCUGUGUUAAAAAAUGAAUAAAUAAAUAAAAGAGGAAUAAAUAAAGUACUU